AUGGCUACAGAUUUCUUCUGGUCUUACACCGAUGAACCUCACGCUUCGAGAAGACGUCAGAUUCUCUCUCGUUACCCUCAGAUUAGAGAACUAUUUGGUCCUGAUCCAUGGGCGUUCCUCAAGAUAACAUUAGUCGUUACACUUCAACUCUCAGCAGCUGCAAUCCUACACGACUCAGGAUGGCUCAAGAUUCUAACCAUUGCUUACUUCUUUGGAUCAUUCCUCAACCACAAUCUCUUCUUAGCAAUCCACGAGCUAAGUCACAACCUCGCUUUCUCAACUCCGGUUUACAAUCGCUGGCUCGGUAUUUUCGCAAACCUCCCAAUCGGCGUACCGAUGUCGGUAACAUUCCAAAAAUACCAUCUCGAGCAUCACCGGUUCCAAGGAGUAGACGGUAUAGACAUGGACGUACCAACUUACACGGAAGCUCAUUUAGUAACCAAUAUAUUCGCCAAAACCAUUUGGGUCUUGCUACAACUCUUCUUCUACGCUCUUAGACCGUUGUUCAUCAAACCGAAACCACCCGGUUAUUGGGAAUUCGUCAACUUCUUUAUUCAGAUCGGUUUAGAUGUAUCAAUGGUUCUCUUCUUCGGAUGGAGAUCUUUGGCUUAUCUAAUCUUAUCGACCUUUGUUGGAGGAGGAAUGCAUCCAAUGGCUGGACAUUUUAUCUCGGAGCAUUAUGUGUUUAACCCGAACCAAGAGACUUACUCGUAUUACGGUCCAUUGAAUCUACUUACGUGGAGCGUUGGUUACCAUAACGAGCACCACGAUUUUCCGAGGAUACCGGGACAUAAGCUGCAUAAGGUGAAGGAGAUUGCAGGAGAGUAUUAUGAAGGAUUAGAGUCGUAUAAGUCAUGGUCACAAGUGAUUUAUAUGUAUAUUAUGGAUACAACAGUUGGACCUUUUAGCAGAAUGAAGAGGAAGCUCUCUACACAUAAGUCUGAUUAG